AUGACAGACUCAGUCUAUUCUAGCUAUCCGCCGGACUUGUCGGCGGCUCAACAAGAGUUUCUUGUCACUGCUGUGAAAGAUUGGGCCAUUCAAAAUGGUCUUGCAGUUCGACCUUCGCCAGCAAUUGUGCCUCCUGGUACAGAUUCAAACGGGGUGCUUGCUACCAAUGCGCCGGUGACACUGUUUCCCAGUCCGUUCCCAAGGACCUGCUUCCAGGAAGCAACUGCUCUGCAAUCGAUCUAUAAUGAACUUUAUGCGGCAAUCACUUGUGAUACGGAAUGGCUUGGGAAUAUCGUGGAGGGAUUGAUUGAAGUGGAUGAUUUCGUUGCGAACUUGUGGAAGGUUCACCUGGCGGUGCAGAAAGAGGGCUAUGUCCAAAAUUUGUCAUUGGGCCUUUUCCGGUCCGACUACAUGGCCCAUGUAGCGCCCACGGGUGCACCAUCUCUGAAACAAGUGGAGUUUAACACAAUCUCGGCGUCUUUCGGAGGGCUUUCGGCUCUUGUGAGAGAAUUGCACAAUGAUCUCCUCACUGUGCCGCCAGGAUCAUCUAUCAAUUAUCCCUCUCAUCCUCUCCUGCAAUCCAGCACACCCCCUGAGAAUACUGCGGUUGAGACUCUAGCUGCAGGGCUAGCAGAGGCACACAAAGCCUAUGGAGCGUCAAAGUCGACACCGGCUCUCCCUCUCUGUGUUCUAUUUGUGGUUCAAAAGGAAGAACGGAACGUCUUUGACCAGCAUGCGCUUUCAAAACAACUCAAGACAUUCCAUAAAAUCCCCGUUUUCCGUGUCUCCAGCGUGGAUGUCUUGGAUCAAACUUCAAUUUCCGGAUCCAACCCCUCGCGGCCAUUGCUUUACCAACCCCCUCACUCUCCUGACUCGACCUUCGAGGUUACCACAGUUUAUCUCCGAGCUUACUACGCACCGGAUGAAUACAAGUCCAGCCGUGACUGGGAGGCCCGCACACACCUGGAACGUUCCGCGGCGAUCAAGUGUCCUUCCGUGCUCAACCAACUGGCUGGCUGCAAGAAAGUCCAACAAGUUCUGGCGGAGCCUACGGGACCGGACCAUCUUUCAAGCUUCUUGAAGGGUGCUGACCCUUCGCUUGUCGAAAGAGUUCGGGAGACAUUUGCCCCACAAUACGACUUGUCAACCAAUAGCCGGGGUCGGGAACUGGCUCUCAACCCAGACACUGCCAUGAACCAUGUCCUCAAGCCCCAGCGUGAAGGAGGUGGUAACAACAUCUACAAGUCUGAAAUUCCAGAAUUUCUACGCUCUAUACCGGAAUCGGAUUGGAGGGGCUGGGUACUCAUGGAAUUGAUCAACCCAGCACCCAGUGCUCAGAAUGUUGCUUUGCGGAAUGAUGGCGAGGUCCUCAGAGGAAACGUCAUUUCAGAGCUUGGCGUGUAUGGUACUAUCCUCUGGGACAACAGCGGCAAGGUUUUGCACAACGACCAAGGCGGAUACCUGUUGCGAACCAAAGGUAAAGAGGUGAAUGAAGGUGGUGUGGCUGCUGGAUUCUCCAGUCUGGACAGCGUUCUUCUAUUCUAG